AUGACUCUCAAACCAGAAUCUCCGAGCCAAGCCCGUACCCGAACUCGAACCCGGAUCCGUACUUGUCGCCUCUCCCCGUGUUACCGCCACCCUGAUGAACCAGUCACCGGCAUCUGCGCUUCUUGUCUUCGUGAACGACUUUCCGGCCUGGAUUCAUCCGCCGCCGACAUUGCCGCCUCCUUCUCGCCAGAGCUCCGCCGCUGCAGGUCGGUCUCCACUUCCAAAUGCGAAGCUUCCUGUAGCAGCUUCACCGAGCAGCGGCGCAAGUCAUGCGACGUCAGGUCGGAUCGGAGCUCCCUGGCUCAUCUGUUCGAUGAUGAUGAUGAAAAGAAUGGAUCCGGUGGAUGCUCCAAAGUUGAGUCGAAGAAUUUAGGGCUUUCGAGAGUCACUUAUACGGUGAUUGAGUCAAGUGAAGAAAAUAGAUGUAGUGAAGAAAUUUGGGUUUCGCGUAAUGCUUUGGUGGCAGUAGAUGUGGAAGCGAUUGACGAUCAUGUGGAGGUUGAUGAAGGAGAAUUCAAGACAAUGAAGGAAUACAUAGAUCUUGAAUUUCAGAAUAAGAAUAAUAAAUCUAAGGAUAUUAAAGGCAUUGCUGGAAAUUUAUUGGGUGCAGCUUCUGUUUUCACCAAGAAAUUGCAGAAAUGGAGACAAAAGAAUAAGAUGAAGAAGGCUAAUAAUAGUAGCAGUAGCAAUUGUGAAACUGCGGGUAGCCAUUGUUGUAAUGAUGUGGUUUCGAACAGGGAAAAGUCGAGGGAAGCUCCAUCCGAAAUUGGGGGGAGAAGAUCUUGUGACACUGAGCCAAGGUUUUCUGUUGAUGCAGGUAGGAUUUCAUUUGAUGAGCCUCGGGCUUCUUGGGAUGGGUACAUGAUUGCAAGGACUAUUCCGAGGCUUGCACCGAUGUUUUCUGUUGUUGAGAAUGGGAUCUUGGGUAAUGCCAACAGAUUUGAGAAUCGAAGGUUGUCGGUUGAUGGGCCAAUGCAUUCUAUAAUGGAGGACGAGACUAGCUCUGGUGGAUCAGGUUACUCUAAUUCAGAUUCUUCUUCCAUGAUGCGUAGUAGUUUUGAUCGGUCCAGCUCUGUCAGAAGUUUUGGAAAGAAAAUAAUGGGUUCAGAGGAUCAAAUGGUAUCUCCUGCGAACUUGAAGUUGGUAAUCACGGAGAGGGAAUUGAAAGAUUGGCAUAUGAAUUCCAUUAAAGAUGAUGACUUGGAGAAGGUUGGAUCCAUUUCUAAAAGAACUGCUGCUAUUGAAAAUGUUGGUAACAUGAAUGUACCUAAGAAGACUGUUAGAUGGCACAAAGUACGCAAUGCCAUUAGUUUCAAACACAAGAACUGCGAAGAUAAGUGUGAAAGUUUCACACGAAAUGUAAUUGACAGCUCAAUUGAUGACCCCAAGCAAGGGGAGGAUGCCAGUGGAGAAGUAAAAGAAGUGUCGGGUUGGAAGCUUGCACGCAGUAGUAGUGUUGUUGGUUUGAGAAAUUCAGGUGAAAUCCAAGGAUCAAGUUAUGGUAGGAGGAGUGUUGAUAACAGUGGUUUACGUGCUUACAAGGGCAGGGAAGAAUUUAUGCUGGAGAGAAACAUGAGUGCUAAAUAUUCGUCAAUGGAUCUUGACAAUGGCAUAGUACCAUUCUAUAUGACACCAUUGAGGAGUUUGAGGAGCAUAAAGGGUGGAAAAUUUAAGCUGUAG